UCCUGAAACAAAUCACUGCUAAUUCUUGAAUGCAUGAACAGCCAUGGAUAUUACAUCUUAAGCACCUUUUUUUUUCUUUUCUUUUUCCUCUUAUGGCCAUUAUUCAUGUUCUUGGAUCAUCCAUUUUUUUCUAUGUUUUUCUGCUCAAUUUUCCUAUCAUUACAAGCUCAGUUUCUGAAUCUGAAGCUCUUUUGAAGCUCAAAGGAUCAUUCACGAAUGCAACUGCUCUUGAUUCUUGGCGGCCCGGAACAGAGCCCUGCGCCAAAGUCAAGCCAUGGGUUGGCGUAAUUUGUGACAACACCGUGGUUUCGGCCCUUCGACUUGGAAAUUUGGGCCUGUCGGGGACGAUAGAUAUUGAGGCAUUGGCUUCUCUUUCGGGCUUGAGAAGUAUUGGUUUCAUGUCGAAUGCAUUUUCAGGCCCGAUCCCGGAGUUCCAUCGGAUGGGCGCUUUGAAGGCGUUGUUCCUUUCCAAGAACCAAUUUUCAGGUGAGAUUCCAACGGAUUACUUCACGAAAUUGUUGGGGUUGAAGAAGGUUUGGUUAUCGGGAAACAGGUUUUCGGGCCCGAUUCCAUCUUCGUUAGGCCAGUUAUCCCAUUUGAUGGAGUUGCAUCUCGAGGACAAUCAGUUUUCGGGCCCAAUUCCUUCACUCGUGCAGCAAAGUUUGAUCUCUCUCGACCUUUCUAACAAUGACUUGGAGGGGCAGAUCCCUUCAAGCAUGGCGAAGUUUCCCGCGAAUGCAUUUAAGGGGAAUCCCGGGCUUUGUGGUGGGAGUCUUGGAAAGCCCUGCAACACGUCUGUGCAAUCAUCAAAUAUUAUAGCAGAAAACAAUGGUCCCCGACGAACCAUAUUCAUUUGGGUUCUAGUCGCAUCAGCUGUCCUGUUUCUGCUAAUGGCAGCCGGGAUAUUCGUGCUCAAACAAAGGCAAGAUAGGUUUGACCUGGUGAUCGAAGACUCACCUAGUAUAAGUGCAUCAAGCAUAAGGAAGAAGGAUUUUGACACAGGCCGGGAUGGACUCGGCUCAGGCCAUCGGAUAGGGUCCAGCCAGAAAGGGUCGUCAAGAUUUGCAAGAGGGGUUGGGGAUAUAGUGAUGUUGAAUUAUGAAAAGGGUGAGUUCGGAUUGGCUGAUAUGAUGAGAGCAGCAGCUGAGGUGCUUGGGAAUGGCUCUUUGGGUUCUUCAUACAAAGCCACUAUGGCUAGUGGAUUGACAGUUGUGGUGAAGAGAGUAAAGGAGAUUCCUAAGAUGGGGAGAGAUCAUUUCGAUGCUGAGAUGAGAAAGCUUGCGAGUUUAAACCAUGAGAACGUAUUGCCACCUCUCGCUUAUCACUACCGUAAAGAUGAAAAGCUUUUUGUCUAUGAGUAUCAACCCAAAGGCAGUUUACUCUUUCUGUUGCAUGGUGAUCGAGGAGUAGCUCAUGCACAGCUGACCUGGCCUGUGAGAUUGAAGAUAAUUCAAGGGAUAGCCAGAGGAUUGGGCUAUCUUCAUUCUGAACUCUCUUUACUCGACUUGCCCCAUGGUGACCUCAAGUCGAGUAACGUUCUAUUAACCCCAGGAUUCGAGCCUUUGCUCACAGACUACGGAUUCUGCGCCUUGGUCAGCAGCAGCCACGCCGCACAAGCACUGGCCGCGUAUAAGUCUCCAGAAGCUGCGCUGGAUCACUCUAUAUCACCAAAGUGCGAUGUUUUCUGCCUGGGAGUCAUAAUUCUCGAAAUCCUUACAGGGAAGUUCCCAUCUCACAAUCUCAGCAAUGGGGAAGGCGGGACGGACCUAGUCCAAUGGGUGCGAUUGGCUGCUUCUGAGGGGAGAGAGGCCGAUUUGUUCGAUCCAGACAUUAUGAGCACCAAAGCUAUAAUACAUCAGAUGGAGCAACUCCUCCACAUUGGUGUUGCUUGCACGCAGAGCAACCCUGAUCAUCGGUUGGACCUCGCAGAAGCCAUCAGCAGAAUAGAGGGCUUAAAGCCAGUAGACACGAGUUAUCAGCAAACGGAAAUGAACCAUGUUCUGCCACCGUCUGCCGAAGCAUAUGGAGUAGACCAUCACAACAGGCGUUCAGCCAGACGGUCUGACAUCAUUGUGCAUCAAUCACGCAAUAGUAGUAUUGAUUUGGAUGUAUCUUGACUAGUUCCCUAGCAUGAAUAUGAGACAGAAUAGAAUGGUCAGCACUUUAGAAACAGUAAGCGGAACGACGUUCCCUCCACUUGUGAGCAAGAAUCAGGUUGCUCUUUUAGGUUGAUAGGAUUAAAGUAGCCACAAUGUACACAUAGGAUUAAGUGAUAAAAUGAAGAAGAAAAAUCUGAGGGGUGGGGGGGUUUAGAGGGUUCAGUUGAUAGGAAAAAAAGUGGUUCGUUGGAUUGUUUUCUGAGAGUCGAUUCAACAGCCUCCUGAUGUGUACAUAGUUUGGAGUUAAUCAGAGCUGAGAGGUGAUGGAAAUCUCAUGCUAUUCUCUACACAAAUGCUCUCUCUCUCUCCAAAUACACCGUUAUCGUGUGAUUGAUUCAAUUUGACCAAACACAUCGAUAUGGAUAAAACAUUGUUGUGGUAUAUCUGUAUAUGCAACUGUCUUUUAUUGGCAGCUCACAGAGGUUUGGUCCGGAAGUUGUGAGGGGCUCCAAGUUUGA